ACAAGUAGCGGAGAGCCCGUCAGGCAAGUCGCUGAGUCCCAGGUGAUCGCAGUUACGCAGAUCCUGAAUCUCCUCCUUCCGCCUUAGAUCGCUUAUCCGACUCCGGCUCUGCAGCGGCAGGUCCAGCAAUCCACCCUAUGCCCCAACAGUCCAGCUGACAGCACCGCAGCAGCGCUCUCAGGCCGCAGAUAAUUUGAUGAAGCAAUCCAAGGAUCCCUUUGAAGCUGCGUUUGAGGAACAAGAGGAAUCAGCCCCUGAUUCUCCUACAGGAGCUGGUGAGGACGAAAGCCAAAAUGUGGCUACUCUUGCCCCGAGUGAUCACGGAAUGAAUGAUUUUGUUUCCAUUGAUCACUCUGAAAACCCUUCAACCUCUUAUGCUGCAACUGCUCCUACUGGGACUGCUAGCAAACCCAAAGAAGAUGAUGAAGAAGAAGAUGAAGAGAACAUGGACAUGCAGCUAGGAAAGUUCUCAUCUAGUAGCGACCCUGAUAAAAUGGCCAAGAUGCAAAGCAUUUUAUCACAAUUUACUGAAGAGCAAAUGAGUAGGUAUGAAUCUUUUCGAAGAUCUGGAUUUCAAAAGUCUAACAUGAAACGGUUACUAGUCAGCAUUACAGGAAGUCAGAAAAUUUCUUUGCCUAUGACGAUUGUGAUGUCUGGUAUUGCAAAAAUGUUUGUUGGCGAGCUUACUGAAAUGGCUAGAAUGGUUAUGUCAGAGAGGAAUGAUUCAGGACCAAUUAGACCAUGUCACAUAAGAGAAGCAUAUAGAAGAUUGAAACUGGAGGGGAAAGUCCCGAAAAGAUCAGUCCGCCGACUUUUCUGCUAGAAAAGCAUUGAUGAUCCGUCCAUUUGCAGGCUAUGUUUGGGUUUGUUAUUUGCUCAGCUUUGGGAUAGAAAAAUGUUAUACUUGGACUCCCAGAAGCAGGUUUAUCCUUUGUAUGUAAAACAUUGUUGUUAUACAAUCUUGAUUUAAUAUAUCAACCGGUAGCAACAGAAGUGUUUCGUUACCCUAAAAAAAAGUAUUUCGUUCAUAUAGUCCACUACGAGAACGAAUAGCUUAUUGCUUCUAAUAUUGACGUGAGAUCUACAUUUUUUUAAGGCUCAAAUCUACUAACCCAAAAUCCUACUCCAUCCCCUAUGUCGCUUCAUUCUAACCACAACUUCCGUAUACCUUAUCUUCUCUGAUUUCACUUCGUUCUGUGUAAUCUAUCUACACUUUCACAUUUGAUCUCAUUUAUCAUGUGAUACCAAAUUCUUCCAUCAUUGUUCUAUCAAUUCAAUGGAUGUUCUCGUGUCUUUUAUUCUAUUUUUUGUGAUUUUUUUUGAAAAUCUUCACAGAUCCUAGAAAAUUUGCGAUCCAUGUCUUCAUUAGACAUCGAGCAUUUUUUAUGUGUAAGGGAGGACGGUCUCCGAUCAUAGACUACUUGUAUACAUUUAAUUUAUUGAUUUUUCAAAAAUAUUAAGUUCAAGAAAUAAUAUUAGAUCUGUCAUGCAUAAUUUCUUACUCAAUUUUUUUUUUGAUGUUUUUUUGAAGACUUUGAGGUUCAUACAUUUAUUCUUUUUUGGGAUAAUCAUAUCCUGAAAAUAAGAUGUUUUCUGCACUUCGAAGGAUCCUUCUUUAAUUUAGAGAUCCAUGCAUGUUCAAGAUGAUGAUCUGAGAAUAUAUACCAAAAAGUGUUUCAAAGGUAUGAGUAUAAAAUUUGACACAAAUUCUUUUAUUUUUUCCAGGAGAUAUUUUAGUGUAGGGUUUUAUUACUAAAUUUUUUUACUUAAAUAUUAAUUAUGUCAAACCAUCUACCAUUGAGUUACUGCAAUUUUCUAGUCCUCACGAACAUGUUCAAAAAAUUAUUUACUGCAUGAAGUUUUCUCUUCAAUUAUGAACUACCAUUUAGUUUUCUGUUUAUAUAUCAAAUAGAUAUAUUUCAAUAUUAAAUUCUGCAUUUCAAAAAAGAUUAACAUCAUAAUCCAAUUUACAAAGAUAUCAAUUUAUUCUAUUACCUUUCUGCAAUGCUCUUAAAACAAUCAGGGACUUUGCAAGAAAUAUAUAAAUGUUAUCCAAUGAUCCCUUACAUUCAAUAUUAAAACAUUUGUAUCUACUGAACACUUUAUUUCAGUUAUAUAAAAUACCAAUGUGGUUAUGAUUGAAUCAUCCCUCAAUCACAUUAAUAUUUUACAUGAAAUUCAUAGGACGUGGAUAACGAACUUAAUUAUAUUAAAUAAAUUAGAAUACACUUAAAGUAUGUGCCUGAUCACUUAUUCAAUACACUGGAGGAAAAGAAAAUGUAGAAAAGGGAAAUAAUGAUAGUACGGGGCAAACAACAUUCUUAAAAAUUAAGUUUCAGUCCUUUCUACUUUGAUGAUUAUUUUCUUCCUUUUCAAAUUCUCUUACUCUGCAUUUUCAAAAUCAUUUAGAAGGUCUCUCUUAAGCUUGGUUUUCAAAUCCCACCCUAUGGCUUCCGAGCUAUCCACAUCAAUUAUAGACUCUCAAUCCUUGCUUGUUUCACCCUACACGAAGUAGAUACAUUUUUCCCAGGUUGUAGAAUAAAAUGGAUAAAUUAGG